UACAGUCAUACCAAUCAGCAGCCCCAUUCUCAGAACUCGCCAUUGCUAAUGCCGAUUCAUCCUCAUUUUCCAGGCUUUUAGCUUUACAGCAGUGAUGCAUUCAUCGCUUUCGUUGCACACUACUCCGACUACGGUUAGAGUUUCAACUUUUUGCAAUUUACGAAUUUGCUAUCUUUUCUCUUUAAAGUCAUCGUUUCUCACUCUUCUUCCGCUAGCGCAAGGCUGCUCCAAUAUUUCCAUCAAAUUUAAACAAAUUCAUAAACCCAAUUCUAUUUCUUCACCCGGGCCUUCAAUAAAAGCGUCAAUGGCUUCUUCAGCCACCAAACCCUUCUCUGUUUUGUUUGUGUGCUUGGGUAACAUCUGCAGAAGUCCAGCGGCAGAGGGUGUGUUCAGGGAUAUUGUCAAAAAGAGAGGCCUUGAUUCUAACUUCAACAUUGACUCUGCUGGCACUACUGGUUACCAUGAGGGUGAUUUGGCUGACUCAAGAAUGAGAGCGGCUGCAAAACGGCGUGGGAUUGAGAUAACAUCAAUUUCAAGACCAAUCAAGCCGUCUGAUUUCAAAGAUUUUGAUCUUAUUCUUGCAAUGGACCAGCAAAACAGAGAGAAUAUAUUGAGUGCUUUUAAUAGGUGGAAAUUUAAGGAACCACUUCCAGAAGAUGCACACAAAAAGGUUAGGUUGAUGUGCUCUUAUUGUAAGAAACAUGAUGAAACAGAAGUGCCUGAUCCCUACUAUGGCGGACCCCAGGGUUUUGAGAAGGUUUUAGAUUUGCUUGAGGAUGGUUGCGAGUCAUUGUUGGACAGCAUUGUGGCAGAGAACAAUCUCGCGUAAAAUUCUGAAUUCCAGUUUGAAAGUUGGUAUUGGGGUUGAUCUGAAUGGAUUAUUCUUGGUGUACGGUGUUAUAGUGGUUAUCUGAAUAAGUUAGAGUCAACCUUGGCCAUCAUCAUGUAAAGUCUAAACCACCAGUUGGCCCCAUUGUAUUGCUUAUAUUAUUGUUGUAGAUAUGGCAUCAGGGCAUAAUGUUGCACGUAACAAUAUGAAUUGAAUAACUGCAAUAGUGAGAUCAUCACAGUGGUGAGCUUAUGGCAA